AUGAACCAACAAGUUUUAAAAAGACAACAAUUCCAAAAUCAACAAGAUUAUUUUUAUCAGCAACAAUUAAAUAAUCAACCACAUUUAAAUUUAACUCAACAAAUUAAUAAUUCAUUUCCUUCUUCAUGUCAAUAUUAUAAUAAUAAUAGUUAUUAUAAUCUUCAACAAGUACCAGAUUAUACAUUUAGUACAUUAUCAACAAUGCCAAAUAAUAAUUCAAAUUUCUUUAUAGAUAGUAGUAAUUUACAAUUUACAAAUUCUGGAAAUAAUUAUCUUCAAAAUUCAUAUCCAUAUUUAAUGGAAAAUGGAAGUUGUACAUCUUCAAUUGAACAAACAACAACAACAACAUCAACAACAACAAAUCAAUUAACUCAACAACAACAAUUAUAUAGUAAUAAUAGCCAAUAUUUUGAAUUUAAUAAUUCACAACAACAACAACAUGAACAACAACAACAAACUGAAAAUAGAAAUAUAAAAUAUGAUAUUGAAAAUGGAACUUAUUCAUAUACAAAUAACAAUAUGGUUUCAAAAACUAGUUCAGUAUAUCAACAAAAUUUUUAUAAUACAAAUAAUCCAUCUUUACAAAUGGCUCAAGAAAAUCCAACAUAUUAUAAACAACCAAUUCAACAACAACAACAACAACAACAACAACAACAACAACAACAACAACAACAACAACAACAACAACAACAACAACAACAACAAAGACCAGUUCAACAAAAGUCACAACCAAUUGCCCAACAAAAGCAACAACAACAACAAGCUCAACAAUUUGUCCAACAGCAACAACAAAAAUCAAUAAUUGAAACUCAAAAACAAGAUGAUUUUGUUGAAAAACAACAAAAUAAAUAUCAAAAAACUUCAAACAUUAAAGAAAUUGAAAAAAUUACAAUUGUAAAAGAAAAAAAUAAUAAAAAUGAAAAAGUAAUUGAAAAAGAUUUAAUUGAAAAAACAUUAGAAUAUCAACAACAAAUGGUUGAAUUAAAAUCAAAUGACCAAGAGAAGGAAACAAUAGUUCAACAACAAAAACAACACCAAAUUGAAAAAGAAAAACAUGAAAAACUUUAUAAAAAAUCAUAUUUAAUGAAAGCUGGUGUCAAUGAAAUGUUUCCUAAAGCAAUCUCUUUAGAAAGUUGGAAUUUUGUUGGUGAAACCACUUCAAGAAUUUAUCAAACUUUAAAUUCAAGAGCGGAAUUCCAUAAGAAAUCAUCAUAUUGUAGAGUUUUAUUAGUUAAAAAAAUAUUUUCAUGGUUAGUUUGUCAUGAUAAAGAAUUCAUUAAAAAUCAUAAAACUGUUGAUCUUGUAAUUGCAAUUAGUGAUAUCAUUAAUAUGAUCAUAAGUUUAAUAGAAUUACAUCGUGCACCAUCAUCUUCAACUUUAUACUUAAUAAUUUAUUCAUCUGAUAGAUUUGUUGAAAGAACUGGUAUAAAUCAUCAUCAAAUUUUUAAUUUAUUAUUAACAAGUGCAAUUGUUAAUUUAAAAUUUUGGAAUGAAUCAUUAUAUAUUCAAAAUAAAACAAUUGCAGAUAUUUUUUCAUUUAGUGUUAAAGAUUUAAAUACAAUGGAAAGAAGAUUUUUAUAUGGUUUAGAUUAUAACUUAUGUGUAACACCAAAUGAAUUAGAAUUAUUUAUAAAUUCUUUAAAAAAACAAUCAAUUUCUUCUUUAAACUUUUUAAAAUAA